AUGUCGUUUCGCAAGCGGUAUAUGAUCGUGACCAACCCUGAUGUGGGCCAGACGUCGCCCCUGCUUGCUCUCACGGAAGAACUGGCGCUGCGUGACAACCAGGUGGUCUUUGUAUCAGGUGCGUCAGCCUUGAAGCGUGUGCAGCGCUCGCAGCGUGCUCUGGGCUUCCCUGUGCAGAUGGACGCGCAGCCGAGCAUUGUCCAGCUGCAGACGUACCCUAUCGCGUUCUUCUCGCUUGGCGAGAGUCUGCUGCUAUCGUACUUGGACCAAGCGCUGAUCCAGCCGGAGCGAUUCCACCGGCAAUGCCGGCGUCCUCCUGGCGAGAUCAUGAGUUUCAUCGAGCUGUACAUCGAUCUUGUGAACGAUUCAAGCGACGAGUACCGCGACUUGGUCUGGCGUGUACGUGAUCUCGUGGAGCAGGUGGACCCGGAUCUGCUCGUCGUCGACAAUUUCAGUCCGUUUGCCGUGGAUGGCAUCCGGCUGACGAAGCGCCCAUUCAUCGAGACGGCCCCUGGCGCCGUGUCGUCUGUGGCGAGCCAUAUCCAUGUCCUGCAGCAGCCGCUGCCGAUGAGGGGGGGCCGCUCGUCGAGCAUUGGCUUUGUCGGCCUGCUGAGCAACCUGUACUUUAUUGUUCGCUGGCUGCUCUUCGUUUUUUUUCAUGCAUGGUCAAAGCGCCGCCGUGCAUUCCGUCACGAGGUGUUGGGCCUCACGGAUGUGCCUGUGCUGGACGAUGCCAUGUUCCCUCCGCCGCCUGGCAAGUUGCCACAGCAUAUUGCAUCCAUUACCUUCAACGUCGAAGGAAUGGAUAUAUACCCAGCCUCGGCCUACGAGCGCUCUGUGUUUUUCGUAGGCCCCUGCUUCGCGCCCUCGCAGCGCCAUAUGCCACCUGGCGUGACUCUACAUGCGCUGCCUCCUUCGGCUCCAGCCGUGAGCGAUGCACAGAUGGACGACCCUGUGAAGCUAUGGCUAGAUGAGGCACAUGCCCAGGGCCGACGUGUGCUGUACAUCAACAUGGGCAGCAUCUUCUUCUACAUGCGCCGCGACUACGACCAUAUCCUGGCAUGCCUCGAGCGUCUGCACAAGCGGUUCCCGACAUUGCUAGUCCUGUGGAAGAUCCCAGAUCACCCACAGCGUAUCCAGCCCGUGCCCACGGCGGACGAGGCGGUCUUGCCUUCGUACAUUCGCCGCGAAAGCUGGCUGCCAAGCAUCCAUAACGUGCUUUCGCAUCCCGCUGUCGCUGUGAUCAUGCACCAUGGCGGCGGAAAUUCAUACAACGAGUCCAUUGCGUACGGCGUUCCGCAGUUCUGUGUGUCGCAGUGGGUCGAUACCCACGAUAUCGGACUCUACGUACAGAACUCGGGCGUGGGGCUGUGGGCCGACAAAUCGCCUGAGUUUGAUCCAGACGAUAUGUAUGCCAAGCUCUCCCGCAUGAUCAUCGACGAAGGCCACACGUUCCGUCAUACGGCCCUGGCAUGGCGCAUCAAGGCCCUGCAGGCCGGCGGCACAGCACGCUCGGCAGAUAUUAUCGAGACGUAUGCUUCGUCGUACACAUUUGAGCAGGGAUCCAGCAAGGGACCUGUGGCGCAGAGCCACUAA